CAAAAUAUGCAUAAAAGCAGCCUCUCUCCCCUUCCCACCCCUUUCAACCUUGAACCAGAGCUAAUGAUAUUCUAAUAAGAGUACCAAUUGGUCACCUAUGGCUCUUAGGUUCAAGACCUCUCUUCCAGUUUUGCUUUUCCUAAUCAUUUGCUUGUCUUCAGGCAUAGCUGAAGGCCUCCACGACAAUGUCAACCCCGUGUACUUGCAUCACAAGGGUAUGAAUCCAAGGAAGCUUUUGGUGGUGGAUACAGUGUUGGAUUAUGAUUAUACAGGACCCAAUCCUAAGCAUUAUCCCAGGAAGGGGAAACCGGGCAGCAGCGGCAGCAAGAACCCUUGAUUCCCUUUCCUUAUCCUACCUCUGUGCCCCCAACUGAAUAAUAAACACUGCCCCAACUGAGAGAUUUUGAUCAUGUAUGAGGAGAGGAGACAAUCUAUAUAUAUAUAUAUGUGUGUGUGUGUUUAGUAUUAGUUUCUAGAAUACUAAUAUUGUAAGAGCCCUCUUGUGGGCACAUAGAGACCAUAUAUGGGGUAA